AUGCUGUCUGGUAACAGUUACCAUUUCAACACGCUCUCUGCGUAUGAAAAUAUUGCUUAUGCUCAAUAUGCUGAAGAACUCAAGUUACUGUCGGAACAAUUUUUGAACAGAUUUAGCGACUUGAAAAACAUGGAAGACUGUUUCAGUUUAAGUGCUUCUCCUACAAAAUAUAAUGUACAAAAUGCUCCAAUACAACUGGAGUUGGAACAAAUGGAGUUGAUCGAGAUUCAAGAAAACUCACCCCUAAAAUCCAAAUUUGAAGACGUAGAGUUGUGCGAUUUCUACAAGAAAUACCUAGAAGAUGACAAUUUUCCGCAGCUUAGAAAAUUCGCAAGAACAUUGAUUUGUGCGUUUGGCAGUACUUAUAAAUGCGAAAAGUUCUUUUCAUUGAUGAAAGUUAAUAAAUCAACACAUCGUACAAGACUGACUGACGAUAAUUUGGAAAAUUCUUGA